AUGAAGGAGACUAGUUAUCACUUGCAGGUGAUUAUGCAAAGCAUACAGUCCAUUCAAAGUUUACUCUUGAAAGCCUGUCUCGAGACUCUCAGUCCGGUAUCUGCACGUAGUUUGGCCCUCGCUGGAGGUAUCGGAGGAGGCGCUCUUGGUAUUCUGGUUCUCUGGCUGUUAGUGCGCAAACGAAAAACAAACUUCACAUCUGAUGGGACCCCCGAAUCCGACCCCCUCCUACAGGAAGAUCAAAUACGAACUGAUUUUCGGAGGGACCAUACUCCCGACGCACCACUCUGUUCCAUUUGCGCACAACUAAAUUUCUACCAAAUUCUCCUCGACGACAUCCCACGGGACAAAUCAAUCCCCCUCGGCUUUCUCUCAUCCAUCUUGAAUAAAUCCGACCAAUGCGGAUUCUGCCGCCUCAUAUCCUUGGUCGUCCGUCGAACAUGGCUAUUAGACAAGUUCCCUCACCUCGAUCUCUCAGAGGUUGAAUGCGGGCUGUUCUCAUUGGAUUGCGGAUGUCUUCGGGAGCCUAAGCCCGAACCCAAAAAACUCUGUCAUCGCCUCACUAUCCAUGCACCCGAUCGCCCGAGAGAGAUAUAUCCAACUAUCAUGGCAGCGCAGUCUGGGCUUGUGCUCGAAAUCCAGCUCUUGGAAGAAGACGCUUUCAAGUUUGGAAGACCGAUCGAUCUUCAUGGGCGCAGAGUGAAGGACACUGUGGAUGUUGUGCUGGUGAAAAAGUGGCUCCAACUGUGCGAGGAAGGGCAUGGAGAUAUUUGUGAAAGUGUCUGGUGGAUGGGCGACGAGAGGAGCUUGCCGGGAUUUAUGAGAAUGGUGGAUGUGGUGUCGAUGGCCGUGGUUCCUGCUCCUCCUGCGUGUCGUUAUGUUGCCCUCAGCUACAUGUGGGGGGGCAUUGGCGCGGAGUAUUGGACAACGAAGGAUAAUAUAGCAGAGCGCUCUACGCCUGGCGGGUUGAAAACAGCACACUUCCCCGAAACCAUCACGGAUUCUAUUCAACUCGUUCGACAACUUGGCGAACGUUACCUGUGGAUCGACACUCUAUGCAUCAUUCAAGAUGAUAUGGAGGACAAGAUCUAUCAGAUAAACGCUAUGGAUUUGAUCUAUGGCGGGUCAUAUUUCACGAUAUGCGCUGCUGGCGGUACGUCCGCUCGAGAUCCUCUCCCAGGAUUUCGUCCACGAACUAGAACGCCACAGCAGCACAUCGAGGUCAUUCAAGGACUUCAUCUCGCUGUGCCUUUACCAGCACCUAUCGAGGCGCUCGCUCUAUCCGCGUGGAACACGCGUGGUUGGACUUAUCAAGAGCUUAUGCUCUCCCGCCGGAGAAUAUACUUCACAGGGCAACAAGUCUAUUUUGAGUGCAGGCGAGAUAUCUUCUGCGAAGACGUCGUCGCUGAAAGCAAGCGCCUCGCGUCGUCCGACCAACCUUUACGGUAUAAAGGUGCAGGAAACUUCACCAACCUUCAGAAACCCAUGCGGGCGCUCUUAGAUGAGUACAUCAUGAGUUAUAUGUCUGCCAUCGGGCCGUAUACACGGCGUAACCUUACCGUGGAGUCGGACAUCGUCGAUGCUAUUACUGCAAUGACGAAUGCCUUGACAAAAGGUUUUGAGCUUGGUGGGGGCGACCCCGCCAGAGCUUUUAACUUUGGAAUGACGUUGACAGACCUCGAGUACGCCCUUGUCUGGCAACAUGAUCCACGCAUGCCUCGUGUUCGUCGUUCGAUUACUGGUGAAGGCAGUUCACCCUGGCCUUCUUGGGCGUGGGCUGGAUGGCGUGGCGCUGUUCACUACCCGGGAGAAGCUCUGUAUGCCCGUUUCGACAGUCAUUCUGACCGACCGAGAGUGACGGAGACGGUUAUCGACCCUUGGUACAUCGUGGAUCAUAAUGGUGAUGCAGUGCAGCUUGAUGUUCGCCGCGUUCACCGGGCGUUUGUGCAUCCCAGGCCACAGGCAUCGAUGAACCCAUAUUCUUCUCCGAAAGGGAUCUUGGACGCAUCACAGCUGAGGUUAGAUCGUCAUCGACCGCUGGAGCCAGGCACUCUCAUAUUCCGCACUACUUCCAGUCACUUUAGUAUCGUACGGCGACACGGUGGAGAAGACGUCAAAUCGAGUGAACUUUUCUACCACGGUCUUUUCAAUAUCCUCUCCAACUCUUCUACCUGGGUUGGCAGCGUCAUACUGUCAUUAGAUCCUGCCCCACCGGCUUCCCUUGAGUUCAUUGUCCUUUCCCGUACUACUGGGGGCCCUGGCGUGUAUGACGAAGAAAGUCUUGGAAAGUUCUACCAUGGAUGCAUGUUGUAUGUGAUGGCGGUGAGUGAGAAUGAGGGCUUGAUGGAACGCGUUGGGUUGGGUAUUAUUCACGAGUCUGCUUGGAUUGCUUCGA